AUGGAACAAUUCUUGGCAGAAAAUGUAGCAAACAUUUCUAUAUGCUUAUUUGUUUUUACUCCUUUACAGGAUACAAUAUCUGUGCACCGGCCUGGGUUUUACUCUGAACGAUUUCAGAAUUUCUUUGCUAAUUCUGCUUUUAAGAAAACACAAACUCCCUUGAAGCAUUCACCUUCAAAGAAGAAGAGUUCAACAUCAGGACGACCACGUUUCCCUACAACAAGUGACUUAGCCGCUGAUGCUGGUCAACAUCAUAGUUCCAAGCAGCCACAUGGAGAACGUGCUCAACGUACUAUAAGUUUUUCAGAUGAUAGUGGAAGGAAACCAACUAUGGGUGGCAAACCAGACAUUGUACCUGACAACCAUGCCAAUCUAUAUGCAGGAAGUGAUCUACGAGGUGGUGAAUAUAUUUACAUUAAAGAUGGAGAAAAAAAGAUAAAAUCUCUGGAUUCUUCUGGAAAAUCUACAUUUGCAGAUCAUGGAAUGGCUGACCGCAAAAGGUAA